UGCCUGGCAACCGGCCCUGAGGCGGCGGGACCGGGCCCGAGAGCCACCUGUUUAGCAAGAUGGCCACGCUGAGUGAGAAGCCGGGGCAGCGGUACACCGUGCCGGACUGGCACACCAACUCCCACCUCAUCUCGGCCGAUGCCGAACGCCAGCGCUCCACUUCCCACCGAGUCCGGCAGGAAGGGAGAGUUCUCCGCAACGAAACCAACAACCAGGCAAAAUGGGAUGAGCACGACAACCGAACGCGCCUGGGUGAGCGUAUCAGCAGCCUGAACAGAUGGAAAGAGACCCUGGACAAAUGCCUCGCAGACAUAGAUGCGGAAAUCGAUGCUUUAGCCAAAGUGAAGGAAGCAGCAGAGUGUGCACUCCAGGCAAAGAACUUGCAUUUGGAUGUUUCCAUCGAGUGCCUGACGUUCCGGGAGAGCCGCCGUGCCAUCGAUUUGGUGAGGGACCCUGUGAGCGAAGAGCUGCACAAGGAGGUGAAGGUGAUAGAAAAAGCCAAGAGAGAACUGCAGCAGAAGGUGCACGAAGGCUUCGAACAGUUAUGCCUCUUGCAGGAGGCUCGCCAGCAGCUGAGCAGUGACCAUCGGGACAAGGUGGAAGCACUGGACAUAGAUCGCAACUGCUUAGACCUCAGCGUGAACUCCCCCAACAUCUCCUUCAAGGUCAACCCAACCCGGGUCCCAAACGGAUCCGUUACGUCUGACGCGUGGGAACGGUACAGCCAGUGUAACAAGGAGCGUGCUGAGGCAGAAAUGAAAGCCUCCAUUCUGCUCCGAGAAGCAACACAGCUCACCAUCGCUCAGACAAACAACGAGCUGGAGGCUCAGCGUGUGGCCACAGAGUUCGCCCUGCGCAAGAGGAUUAGAGACCUGGACAGAGCCUAUGAUGAGCUGAAAUGGCAGGAGAAGAAUACCUUGGAGGAGAUUGCUGAGAUGGAGGAGGACAUCCGACGCUUGGAGGAAGAUCUUCGAAGGAAAAUACAAGAUCUGAAAGUGGCCCACACCCGCCUGGAGACCCGCACGUGUCGGUCCAACAUGGAGCUCUGUCGGGAUCAGGUCCAGUACGGGCUCACGGAUGAGGUCCACGAGCUGGAGGGAUCGAUCCGCGCGCUCAGGCAGAAGCUGGCAGAGUCCCAGAACGCCUUGGACGCUCUUUACAGACAACUCCACCGUGUUCAGACGGACAUGGGCUACAAAGCCAAUUCCCUGCUGCUGGACAACAAGUGCAUGGACACCCGGAGAAAACUCCUGGUCCCCGCUGACAAAUUAGUACCGAAGCUCGACACUUUCAACCGCACCACAAACCGCCCUCUCUCCCCUCCAAGGAGCGAGCAGUGGGUGCUGCCUCCUUGCACCAGCGAGAAAGCUACCGCUGAUUCAAUUCCGUAGCGAGAAAAAGCAGAAAUCUGUGUCAUUUUAGGAUAAAACGCCAUUCUCCCUCCUCCUACUUUGUUGUAUAACCGUCUUGGCGUAUAACUCUCUGUCCCCCCUUUCCCCCGCAAUGUUUAUGGCCUCUUGGCACUCGGAAGGAGGGUUAGAAACAAUAAAA